AUGAAUUACAGGAGAGAAAGCUUCCCUCCGGAUAACGACCAAAGACCCUUUAGAUGUGAAAUUUGUUCGCGAGGGUUCCAUAGAUUAGAACAUAAAAAAAGGCACGUAAGAACACAUACUGGCGAGAAACCACACAAAUGUACCUUUCAAGGUUGUCCGAAAAGUUUCAGCAGAAGCGACGAACUAAAGAGACAUUUGAGGACACAUACUAAGACCGUCCAAAGGCGGUCACGAAGACUAAAAUCCAAGGGCUCGGGAAAAACUGCUAUGGAUGCUGCUACGACCACCCCUACAACCUUUUAUGAUAACAUUGGUGUUUCCGGUACGGAGAAAAGCCACUCUGAAAUAUCACCUAUCCUUAUUUCCGUUGCUCAGAACUGUGAUGACGUGAGUGGACGAAGUGCCGGAAAUAAUAGUGGCAUGGUGGAGACACAGACACCUGCGAUCUUGGUGCCUAUUAUAGGAAUUCAAAAGGAACCUCAUAUCAUUCCCAAUAACCUCUCUACUGCUUCUAUCGCCUCCAUUGUAUCAAUGUAUCCUUCCACUUCCUCAUUCCAGUACCUGAACAGCGCGUUUUCUGAAGGCUCUGUAUCCAUACCGUGUGUACCUUCGUCUAGCAGUUCUUUAACUUCAGAUGAAUUGUCUUCAAAUUCCUCUAUAUUUUCGAAAUCUAGGAAGAAUUUGGCCGCCAUGAGUGGCCUUAAUUCAUUGAGUAGUUCUAAAAACCAAUCGAGUAUUUCGCUUCUUUCUCAAACUUCACAGCCAUCAAAGAAUCUUGCAAGACCACCAACAGCCUUAGGCCCUCUACGAAAAAUCACGCCAGCUGUAAACUCAGGGGACAUGGAAAUCUCAAGAACAAUAUCCCUUUCGAGCAGUUCAACAUCCCUCACUUCUGCUACGUAUGAUGAUAUGACGGCUAAAGAUAUGGGCAUGGGAAUUUUUCUUGAAAACCCACCUGUAACGCAGGAAGCUUGCAGGAGCGAUCGUAAGUUCAAGACGAACACUAUUAGCAGAGGAAGACAACAUGAAAGGGCACAAUUCCAUAUAUCCGGAGAUGAUGAGGACAAUAAAGUCCACCGGCAAGAAUCAGGAGCAUCUAACACAAAUCCAAAGGUAUCAUUGCCUCCUAUAAGGAGCAUCCUGCGGCAAAUUGAUACUUUUAACAAUGGUCCUUCCUACUUUUAUUAA